UUCUGUCUUACGGCAUGCAUGUGGGCGAAGCUGACAUUCAAGUUGGGUAACUUUAGGCUACCUAAGUUUGUGAUGCAGUUUUAUUUUAUUUAAAUAUGCGAAGACGAUGGCGAUAUAAACUUGUGAAAUACUUUGCUAUAGCUGGAUUAAUAACACUUGUAGUUAUCCUCGUUUUUAACAGCACAAUACGACUGUCUCUACCAAAGACUCCAGCACCUAAAGAGCUCUAUGACGUGAUCUCACCAUCAACAUACAAAUUCAUUCUGAACCAGCCAGAACUGUGUGAGAACAGAAGACCUUUCCUGGUUCUUAUGAUCCCGUUGACUCUCAAAGACACAGAGGCGAGGACUGCUAUUAGAAGGACAUGGGGUCAAGAUGGUUUGAUUCCUCAUGUGACCAUUUUGCAUUUGUUUGUCAUUGGUCAGCCAGCACAAAGUGACCCAGUACUGCAGGAGCACCUUGUGAGGGAGAGCAAAGAAUAUGGUGACAUCAUUCAAAUGGACUUUGUGGACAGCUACCAUAAUCUCACCAUCAAGACGAUGAUGAUUAUGAACUGGAUAGCCACUUACUGCCAGGGGGCCGGGUAUGCCAUGAAGAUCGAUGCAGAUAUCUUUCUCAAUGUACAUUACCUGGUGGACUACUUGCAUGAGCAGAGCGAGUCCUCAAGGAAAGACUACAUCACUGGAUCAGUCAUCUCAGAUGCUGUUCCUCACAGGGACAGCUUUAACAAAUGGUACAUCUCAGAGGACCUUUACCCAGACUCCUGGUAUCCUCCAUACGUGUCUGGAGCUGCAUAUGUCUUUUCUGUUGACCUGGCCGGAAAAAUAUCCUGGGCCUCUAGAUUUGUGCAACCGAUUCCACUCGAAGAUGUCUAUGUGGGGUUGUGCCUACACGUCCUGGGUGUAAAACCAGUUUAUGCAACAAAAUUUCUAGGAUUUAGGAAUCUCUUUGAGGUGCGCAAACUUAAGUAUGAAAGGUGCACUUUUGCCAAGCGCAUUAUAGUAAAUGGAUUUAACCCACAGAAUCUUCUCCGCAUUUGGCAUGAAUUUCAGAAGUCUUAUUUUACAUGUUGAUACAAUUGAAAUAACUAAAACUGUAUUUGAAGUAGCUUGAAGCUGCAAAACUUACUUGAAGUAUUUGCUAGUACAAUUGCUUUAACAAAGUUCACAUCAUUGAGAUGUUACAUAUGUUACAAAUAUUGUUUUUCCUGAAAGGGCCAAGAACACUUACAAAAAAAAAGGAAGAAUAGACAGCUGUUGAGGUGUUAUGUGUAGAAAAGUAUUCAAUCUAAAGAAAAAAAAUCAGAGAAAGGGCAUGUGGAAGUGCUAGAGGUUAUGUGAAACACUUUCUUAGAUGAACUAUUUAAAAGACUAUUUCAUAGUGUUUUUAUUUUUCUGUCUUCAGGAGGAUGGCAGAAAAAUAAAAACACUUUGAAUUGGGUGCGAGGGGUCACUUAUAUUAUUUGAGGAGGGAGCCAGAAGAGGAGAUACUGGUGUGAAGAAGUGAAGAUUUUUCUUUAUAGUGUGAG